AACUGUAUGUCACAUGUGCGUUUUAAUUUAUAGCAUCUUAUAUAUAUUUAUUUAUUAUUUUUCUGACUUUGUUUUUCACUCAACUGUCGAUGUGGUGGGGGGUUUUAUUUUGAAAAACACAACCGGAAGUACGCCUCAUGUUUGGUCGAUGUUGAUCCGGUACGUUGUGUGUUUUUGUUACGGUUCAGUCACACUUCGUCACGAGUGAUAAACAUGUAAUAAUAAUACCACAGUCAGCGUAUCUUUGUUGUAGAUAACGGAUACCGUUUUAUGACCGGAAAUAGCACCGUUUCCGGCUCCAGGCGGCGCCAAAUUAGAAAAUGGACGCUGGUGACAGAGGCUUGUGUUUGUUUUGACAGUUCAACUCAAAGAGAAACGUCCCGGACUGUUUGGUUGUCAACUAAUGGCGGGAGAAUGACAGGAUGAUCACGGCUCAUCCAUCCAUUCAGACAGUCGCUCAACUGCCUCAAACCGACUCUCUGAGUUUCUACCAGCUCUCUUACGCGCCAGCUGACCUCUGACCUGGAGGAUGAGUAAGUGGGGAGAGCGGCUGAAGAAGGUCGAGCAGCUCGCUCAGUCAUUCCAGCACAAGCCUCUUUCCGCUCCCUACAAACCUCGGCUGUGGCCGUGCCAGCCCUCGUCUGUCUGGAGGCUGUUCCCACGUCAAUGUCUGGCCAUCGGCUUCGCUCAGAGCUGCAAAGAGGCUGUUCAUGUUUUUGCACUUGAAAAAGAAAAGGCAAGUCAGGGUCAGAGGAUCUACCUGGUUACCAGUUACACUGAGCUGUGGCAUUACUACAGGACCUACCCUCAGUCGUUGAUGCACUGCUAUGAGGUGAUUCCAGAGGGCGCCGUUUGUAAGCUUUACUUUGACUUGGAGUUCCACAAGCCCUCAAACAAAGGGGCUGAUGGGAAAACUAUGGUGUCUUCUCUAAUCCAGUUUGUCUGUAACAAACUGAUGGAGGUUUACGGGCUUGAAUGCUCUGUAAAGAACGUCCUCACUCUUGAGUCCAGCACCGAGGAGAAGUUCAGUCAACAUCUCAUCUUCAAUCUGCCAAACGCAGUCUUCAAAGACAACAUACAUGUUGGUUGGUUUAUCCAUGCAGCUCUUCAACCAGUCCUGAUCAAAGCCAGACAUGGAGGUUGCCUGGAUGGUGGGAUUCAUCCAGAAGCAGAAAACGGUGAAACACGAACACGUGUUGUUCCUGAGGGGAAAGCAGAAGAAAUGGAUGAGGGCACUGGAAGUCCUCAGACAAAGAGACGGAAGCAGGAAGAGAUAGACCUGAGUUUCCUCAAGGUGAAAAACAAGGACGGCCAGGACUGUCUCUUUGUUGAUCUUGGUGUCUACACCAAGAACAGAAAUUUCCGCCUUUACAAGUCAUCAAAACUGGGAAAGAACGCUGCCUUCACUGUGGCAGAAAACAACCAGUUUACUUCCCAACAGAAGAAGGGGAUUUCCUCUGAGGAAAGUGUGUUCCUGGCGUCCUUGGUCUGUAACGUGAGUUUCACAGGUCAGAGGAUUCUCUCGUGGGACGUCCCAGAAACAAAGACAUCCACGACCCAGAGACCUGAGCAGGGAUCAGCCACUAAUCCAGAAUCACUUUCGGGUUCCCUGACGUCCCCUCACCAAGAAGUGGACGACUUUGUCUCGACCCUGGUUAGAAAGGACGGUAUUCAAGGAAGCAUCAGGCGAUGGAACUACUUUGUCACAGAACAACUGCUCGUCUACGACAUUGUCAAAUACCGCUGGUGUGAAAAUGUGGGAACGUUUCAUAAAAGCAACAACAUAAUGUACGUGCAGUGUCUCAGGUUAAACGUUUCUUUGAGUUUGCUCCCCCCGGCCUCAUGUGGUCUCAUCCUCCUCUGUAGGAUUGUUGUGGAUCUCAAAGAGGAAGUGUGGUACCAGAAGUGUCACGACCCCGACUGCAGGAACUUCAGAUCCUCAAGUUACCCUCUUCCACAGGAGAUCUGCGUGAGCUACAUCAUGAAACUGGACGAUGAGGACCAGGCUUACUUAAUGGACGACGCUGGAAACAUUGAGCCCAGCCAGGCACCACACCGGACCCAGCAGGGGACAGCGUGUCCACAGGAAGAACCAGCUGAAGUGUGGGGAGACGGACAGGACGAGCAGGACUAUUUAAAGAGCCUGGACGACUUUGAACAAACCAAUGCAGAGAUCUCUGAUCAGCUGCUGCUCAGUUGCAUGGGAGAGUUUGAUUCCCAGUAGAAGGUAACAGGUUAUAUUGCACUGGCUGUAAAGCAUCACAUGUUUUAUUUGCUGUAAUACCUGUAAGGUUUAAUAACAGUUUUAAAAAACGUUCUAAAUAUUUUAGCAACAUAUUUCAAAGAAAAAGGUUAAAUAUAUUUGAAGAUAGUGAAUGACCUUAUUAUCAGGUUAAAAAAAAUAUAAAAUGUUUUCAUAGAAGUUAAAAUACUGCAUAUAAAUAAAAACAUUUAACUGUAAAGCAGGAAU